AUGGCCGUGUCCUUGGUGCAAGACUUCAACGAUGCUGAAUCGUUGAGACAGGAGUUGGAGGAGGGCUUUUUACCUAUGCUGGAAGAGUACGAGAUCUCCACGGAAGACGCCCAGAGUCUUUGUGCUAGCGUGUUGCAGGCCGCAGCGCCUAGUGACGGGCCGGCCGCUGAGUUGGGUGCAGUGGAUGAGGCAGAGUUCUUGUGCUAUCUUCCGAAUUUGCUGCUAAUGUACGGUGGUAGUCCAGAGCCAUUGUUGCGAGGUGCAUGUUUGGAGAUCAGGCGUGGCCAUCGCUAUGGAGUGGUUGGCUCCAAUGGAUCUGGCAAGACCACAUUGAUGGCAAGGAUCGCCAGCAAAGACAUAUCUGGCCUUCCUGAAGAUUUGCGUGUGGUUUUGCUGCGCCAUGAGGCCAUCCUGCAGGGCGUUCGAAGGUCGACAAAGGUCCGCGACUACGUCCAGCAACGCAAUGUUGGCGAGGACGCGGCCUCUGAGGAGGACAUGGAGAAUGCUCUGCAGUGCAUGGGCUUCGAGACGGAGGAGCAAAUGGGCAAAGCAGUUUUGGAGCUCAGUGGCGGAUGGCAGAUGCGAUUGGCAUUGGCCUGUGCUGUGGCGCGCAAGGCGAAUCUGCUCUUGUUGGACGAGCCAACCAACCACUUGGACGCUGAAGGCGUCAAAUGGCUGGUGGACUUUAUCAACAAGGCCAACCAGCUGAACGGAGACGAUGCAGAGGCAGCAGUCGUGACUUUAGACAAGGCCUCCUUCCAGUACAAAGGUGCUGACAAUUUGGUCUUUGAGGACAUCUCCGUGGAGCUCAGCAUGUCGAGCCGAGUCGGCAUCGUCGGGAAAAACGGAUCCGGAAAAUCCACAUUAUUGUCCAUGCUCGCCGGCCGAAAGCAGCCCACCACUGUUGGCGGAAGGACUGGCAGGCUUUGGUGGCACAAGGAUUUGCGUCUGGCUUACAUCGCCCAGCAUUCCUUGGUGCAUUUGGGGAACUACGUGGAGAAGACACCCUUGGAAUACAUGCAAAUCCGAUUUCGACGCGGGUUUGACGAGGAGACGCCCAUCGUGCGUGGUGAGAAGCUUCUCUCCAAAAAGGAGGAGGAUGAAAUGCGUAGCGUCGGUUUGCGCCACGGCAAGCGAGGCAAAGCUGUGGAGGCUUUGAUCAAUCGUAUCGAGCUUACAGAUGGCAAGGAGAAAAUCAAAGAAAAGGACCGAGAAUUCAUGUACGAGGUCAAGUGGAAAGAUCUCAGCCCUGCCGAGAACACCUUCGAGCCAAUUAGCAGGCUUAAACAGCUCAAGGCCUUGAAGCUGGUGGAAGACCUGGAUUCCCGGAUUUGGGCUGCUUGGGCUGGUUGUCCUCAACGGCCAUUGACGGACCGUGAAGUGCUUCAGCACCUGGAGCCUUUUGGCCUCGACGAGGAUGUGGUUUGCCAUCGGAGAAUCUCGGUGCUCUCCUCUGGACAGAAAUGCAAACUGGCCUUGGGCGCCGCCUUUUGGACCAGGCCCCAUGUGGUGUGCUUGGACGAGCCAACGAACUAUUUAGACACGGACACCGUGGAGUUGUUGAAACGUGCUAUGCGUACCUUCCGCGGUGGCUUUGCAGUGGUUUCUCACAACGAGAAGUUGAUUGAAGAGGUCUGCGAUGAAGUUUGGACCGUCGAGGACGGUGCGAGUCUUAAACCUCCAUCGAGCGAGUCGAGAGCGGAAUGGUCUCACUGA